AUGAAUAUUUAAUAAGCAAAAAAUUAAAUUUAAUAAAAAAUAGCUGAGUACUUGAAUGAGACUUCACUAAAAACUAUUAAGGAUUACUAGGAGGCUAAGAAAAAUAAAAAAUAAUCUGAUCCAAUCAUCUAAAUAAAGAAAUAAACUCCAGAAAGUUUUUCAUUACCAUAAUAAGAUGAAGUAGUAAUUAAUUUAGACGAAUUCAAAUUUGAACCUCAAAUAAAAUAAAAGAGCUGGCAAACUCAAUUGUUGGAAGCCUAAUAACAAUAAUAGCCAAUUUAUCAUUAAAUUUAUGGUUACUGCUAAGAAUAGUUUAAAUUUGAUUCAAUUAUGGAAAGAUUAUAACUUUUAAGAAAAUCUCUAUUUAAAAAGAAAAUGCCUAAUGGUGAUAUCCAAAAAAUAGAAGAAUUCAUUCCAUUUUAUACUCUUAGAAGAAUGGCUAUGCAAUUACCAGCAGAUGCCUCUGAAAUGAAUACUAUGUUAUAAGAUCACUUUGUAACAGAGGCUUUCUUAAAAGAAAUAAGAUACUUUUUAAAAUAAGUAUUAAUUAUUAAUUAAACUUAGUAAAACAUAGACAAGAGUUUAAUAUUUUAUCAUCCAAAAAUGUAUGAAUAAAGUGAUGAUUAAUUAGAAUAAUUGUUAGCUGAAUUUGUUGAAUUAGAUAAAUAAAGAUCGAGUGGUUUAGAAGAAGAAAUCAAAGUCCUUAUUCCUUCAUAAUAAUUUAAAAUAUGA